UCGUCGCUGUUUCGCUCACCACACCGCUUUAUGUCUAGCCUUAGUCAGUAUUUUCAUGAAAUUUAAUUUCACUCAAUCAAAACAAAUACAACAAACGGGUAACUCGUGUAACGUGUCCGAAGCGCAGUUCACCUACAAAAUAAUUAUCUGCGCGCUUGCGAUUCGUUAUCAGUUCUAAUAAAAACAAACGGCGCAUCAAACAGCGCACACAGUGCAAAAAGCAAGCUUCUCAGCGUCGCAUUUGUCAAAACCGCUCCGUGCCGAUUCAUUGUUUCGCGCUUGCACAACAACCCGUUCGUGCGCCACAACAGCUGUUUCCCGUUAGUUUGUGUUCGAACGUACGCCGAAGCGUCCGACGGGCUUUUUCGCGCGAAGUGCUCGUAAGAGAAAAAUUGCACAAAGCAGAAGUGCAAAAAAUACUAUAAAGUGACUGUAAAAAUAGAAAAAAAAAUAACAAAAAUAAUGACGUUUUUAUCACUUUGGAUACCAGUGUAUCUCUUCGUUGCCGCCGCAACGCUGCUCUUUUUGUGGUAUCGCAAGGGGCUCAACUACUGGGCGGAACGUGGUGUGGUGUACGAUAAACCCUCGCUGAUCUACGGCAAUAUGCGCGGUGUGGGGCGUACACAGACACUGCGUGAUCCCUUCCAGAAUUUCUAUCAGAAAUAUAAACAUGUUGCGCCAUUUGGCGGUUUCUACUUGUCGCUGCGUGCAGCGGUCGUGCUUUUCGAUCUCGAUUUGAUCAGGAAUGUUUUGGUUAAAGACUUUGCAAAUUUCGUUAAUCGCGGCAACUACUAUAACGUGAAAGACGAUCCAAUUUCCGGGCAUGUCUUCAAUUUAGAUGGCGCUAGUUGGCGGCACAUGCGCGCUAAACUUACGCCGACUUUUACAUCGGCUAAAAUGAAAUAUAUGUUCCCUACCGUUGUGGCAGUCGCGAAGGAGUUCGUUAAGGUAUUGGAACGGGAGGCGACAACGCUUGCAAGUGAUGCGGCCGCGUCUAAGCAAGGCAUUGAAAUAAGAGAUCUGUUGGCGCGCUUCACCACCGAUGUGAUAGGUGGUUGCGCCUUCGGCCUCGAGUGCAAUAGUCUGAACGAACCGAAUACGGAGUUUCGUGUUAUGGGCAAAAAGGUAUUCUCGCAGCGUCGGCAUGGACGUUUCGUCUUCGCUUUCGCACAAGCCUAUCCGAACUUGGCGCGCAAGCUGGGCAUUAAAAUGACGCCAAAUGAUGUUAGCACAUUUUUCCGCAAAGUCGUACACGAUACGGUCUCGUAUCGCGAGCGCACUGGCAUACAGCGUAACGAUUUUCUCAAUCUACUGUUGGAACUUAAAAAGCAAGAGAAUGGCUUGAGUUUGGAUGAAAUUGCCGCACAGUCGUUUGUGUUCUUCCUCGCCGGCUUCGAAACGAGUUCGAGUACGAUGAGUUUCGCGUUGUAUGAGCUGGCGUUGCAUCCGGAAAUUCAAGACAAGGCGCGCGCCGAGAUUGAGUCUGUGUCGGCGCGUUACGAUGGGGAAAUUACAUAUGAGGGUGUGCGCGAAAUGCAAUAUUUGUACCAAAUAUUUUGUGAAACCCUACGUAAAUACUCGAUUGCUUCGAUAACUAUGCGCCGAACAAUGAACGAUUAUCAUGUGCCGAAUACGAAGCAUGUCAUCGAGAAGGGCGUUAUCGUGAUUAUACCCAUCGAUGCUAUUCAUCGUGAUCCCGAAAUCUAUCCCGAUCCAGAACGUUUCGAUCCCACACGUUUUGAACCCGAAGCCGUAGCUAAGCGUCAUCCCAUGACUUGGCUGCCGUUCGGCGAGGGUCCACGCAAUUGUAUUGGUCUACGUUUUGGUCAAAUGCAGGCCUUGGUUGGUAUGGCCUUGUUACUCAAAAACUUCAAAUUUACAUUGGCUCCCCAAACGAAAGUGCCGCUCGAAAUCAAAAUGGAUAGCUUCGUGUUGAGCAGCAAAGAUGGCAUUCAUUUGAACGUAGAGCGUAUCGCUAGCUCUUGAAGUAUAAAGCGAUUUCAUAGUAUUUAAUUUGUUUAACUUUACUAUAAAACCAAUAAAUUUAAAAUAAUUAAAAUUAGA